AUGGCAACGGGAGGCGCAGGCACUCCGAGCCCUCCACGACCCUUCGCCCCAAAAUCACAAACACCUCGUGGUGGUGCACCUGCGCCAGCACCGUUGAAUACCACGGCCACCACCGCUGCCUCUCCUCCGUCUAAGCGAGAACUAGCAUCAUGGUGGAAAAAGUUCAGGAAGACCACCGAAAAGGCGGGUGAGAAGGUCGAAGCUCCUACUGGUAUUUUCGGCGUUCCUCUGGCCGACAGCAUCAGAUAUGCAAAUGUCGCCAUCUCCCUGCAGAACGAAUACGGCGAGAGUUUCAUCUACGGCUACGUUCCGAUCGUGGUUGCGAAAUGCGGAGUGUUUCUCAAAGAGAAAGCCACUGAUGUCGAGGGCAUCUUCCGGCUGAGCGGGUCCGCGAAACGAAUCAAGGACUUGCAGACCAUUUUCAACUCGCCUGACAGGUACGGAAAGGGGCUAGAUUGGACUGGCUAUACUGUCCACGACGCGGCCAACAUCCUCCGCCGCUACCUCAACCAGCUCCCGGAGCCCAUUGUUCCCCUCGAUUUCUACGAAAGAUUCCGCGAGCCACUUCGCCAGGUUCAGGUCCCGACAGGGCCGGAUGGAGAAAUGCAGUCUCGAGACAUGAGUGUCAGCGAGCACAGCGCCGCCGUCUCCGCGUAUCAGAAACUCAUCACGGAGCUGCCGCCUUUGAAUCGCCAAUUGCUCCUCUAUAUCCUCGAUUUACUGGCCGUCUUUGCGUCCAAGUCGGACCUCAACCGCAUGACUGCUGGCAACCUCGCUGCCAUCUUCCAGCCGGGCAUAAUCUCUCAUCCUUCACACGAUAUGUCGCCGGCUGAAUAUCGACUCAGUCAAGAGGUCUUGAUCUUCUUGAUCGAGAAUCAGGAUAAUUUCCUCAUUGGAAUGUCCGGCACCGCCGUUGAUGAGAAGACUCAGAAGGAUGUUGAGAGCGGCGCACCGUCCAUACGGUCUCCCAAGGCGGUGGUACGGUCUGCAUCCAAUGCCAGUGCUGGUGCUGACAGUCUGCGCAAAUAUGGGGUCCGACGCAAUGUUUCCGUCUCGUCACGCGGUUCCAGAGAACGCGGGAGCCCUGGGGUUUCGAGCCCCGGUACUCCAUCUGGGGUAACUUCGUUCGCGGGAGGUGCUGGAAUUGCACGGAGCAAUACCGUGCCAUCGAAGCGAUCUCCAGCGAUUACCGGGAAUCGCUUUCAGAGAACUAAUGACAACACAGACUCGACAGUCCAAGCCGUGGGACCGCAAGCCGCGCCUGUUGCAGGUUCAGCCUUGAACCAGGAGACGACGGAGUCGAGGCCAUCCAGAUCUGGGUCAAUCCAACCAGAUGAUGCUGACGGCAGAGGAACGUUGGUUCCUGCACAAGCCGCCCAGGCACCCGGUCAAUCUCCGCACCAACUGACCCAACCUCCACCAGCAGCACAGGGCGGAACAACUCAAAACUCGACCGGCCAGGCACCGGUAACGGCUGCUGCUGCGGCGGCGGCGGCGGCUCCAUCACCCAUCACGACUCGAGAACGAAAGAUAUCUAAUCUUUUCCCCAAGUCCCCGAUAUUUGGUCCAUCCGAUCCUAAUGGGAGGCAACCAAGGAAGUUGCAAAAGAAACCAAAGCUGCCUGGAAGUACCAACGACAGUGCUCAGAGCUCGCUGAACUCGCUCCAUGGCGAUGACGGGGCCACCUUCCAGACGCCUCUGGUAUCACCUGAUAUCAAUAGCGUCGGGCGACACGAUCCACUGGCUGCACCUCAAGGUCCCGUUCUGACCAACACUGCAGCAACACCUGUCAAUGAAACACCCAAUUCGAAGCCGUUCUCGACGCCGCCGACUGGGAACAACGUGCAGAACCAUGCACCCGGGCUCAAACCUCGUACGUCUCCGCCGGGGUCGACGCACUCCCGCUCUUCUUUUACCGACCCCUCGGAUGCCGAUGUCGUGGACGAUGCGCUGCAGCAACCUGAGAAGGAAAAGCGCCGUCAUCGAUGGAGGUUCUCUUCUUCGGCAAAGAAAGGGGAGCAGUCGCCGCUUGCACCACCACCGCCCGUCGGCCAGAACGCCGGGGCAAGAGGGAGCAACAGUUCAAUCGGGAGUUCCAAUCGACCUCGGAAGAGCUUUACCGGGGACUCCCAAGCGACGCAAUCUUCGUAUAUCGAUCCAAUCGGUGGAAGUGGACAGCAGCCCCUUGUUGGCCAAUCCAGUCAGGAAUCCAACGAUGUGCAAAAGGAUGCGAAUGCGGAGACAGAGAAGAAGGGCUUGUUCGGGAAAUGGAAAGCCAAGAUCUCACAGAACCGAGACGAAAGGCUGGCCGAGAAAGAGCGGGCAAAGAGUCCUCCUCGGAACGAGCAAGGCUCUUCUCGGAGUAGUCUGACAGCAUUCGCCCAGGAGCAUUUGGCGCAGCGAGGAAGAUCAUUUGACAGACCACGUGACGAAGUUCUGUCGAGCGUGACCGAAAGACCGAGCGCGGAAGGGCAAGCUCAAGGGAGGAAAGUAUCAAUGGAUCCAGGACGGGGAUAA